CAUUGCUCUGCGCCAGAGUCGCUUGUGGCUCUUUUCAUUGAAACCUUAACAGCAUAACUAAGCUUCUGGACGUCAUAAAGAUGCCUCUGCCUCCAGCUUUACUUGCGCGCCUCGCUAAAAGAGGCAUCGUGAAACAGUCUGACCACGAGGCUGAAGAGGAGAUCAUCGCUGAAGACUAUGAUGAUAACAACGUUGAUUAUGAAGCUACAAGGCUUGAAAAUUUACCAACGAAUUGGUACAAAGUUUUUGACCCUGCUUGUGGACUUCCUUACUACUGGAACGUAGAGACGGAUUUAGUGUCCUGGUUGUCCCCCAAUGACCCGGCAGCUGUCAUCACCAAAGCCAUUAAGAAACAGAAAGGUGAUACUGGACAUGACAAAGGGGACAGCCACUACGAGAAGGCAGAGAGAGACCGGGAUCGAGAGCGAGAGAGAGACAGAGAGCGCGAACGGGACAGAGACAGGGAGGACGGUCGGGAUAGAGACCGAGAUAGGGAUCGAGAGCGGGACAGAGACAGGGAAUGUGGUGCUGUUGCUUUCAGGGGCUUAUGGUCAACUGGUCUCCCCAAACGCAAUGAGGCAAAGACCGGAGCAGACACCACAGCGGCAGGACCCCUGUUCCAGCAGAGGCCGUACCCCAGUCCUGGAGCUGUCCUGAGAGCAAACGCUGAGAACACAAGACGCCUGGAAGAGGAUGAUGAUGAUGACGACUGAGCAGGAAUAGUGUGUCUGUAAAGCCUUUAUGAUUUUUCAAAAGGCUUUUGAAAUAUUUUUCUUACAUUUGGGACAGAGAUUCAUUUGUAAAUACACCAUUUGUUGUAUGUUAUACAAUUUAUAAACGUAUAUGCGUUUUGCCAUUUUACUUAAGAUAGUG